AUGGUUACGGAUGAGUUGUCAUAUGCAGAGCUUUUCCAACCCACGCAAGAGUUGGUGAAGGAGAAAAGCGACGGAUCAAUCGCUACAGCUCGAGCUACAUGUGAUGGUCUCAAGAGAGAACGUGAGCGAGAUGAGAGCAGAGAGAGGGCUGGUCGCGUGCCCUAUGUCCGAAUGUCUCACAACGCCCGUCCGGCUACAUUCAUGGCUACGGCCACACACGCACCCUCCCAAAAGGUCAGCCAACAAGAUGAGCAGAUUUGCCAAGCAAGCCUGAUUAUCUAUCGUCUGGGUCCUUCUUACAAUGUGCUGGCUGUCGUGAAGGAUGGAGACCAAGGAGUAGAGCCAAAGUUAGUUUCGCGAAGCUCUGUACUGGGUGUGGAAGGGGUCAAAAAGCUCUUGCAACUGUUUAGCGUGGUGCGGAAGGGGGUGACCUGGAGUUGUCGGGGUUGCCAGAAGCUCUAG